GUUUUGAGUCGAACCGUGCAACAAAAUUUCGUGCUCGUGCGCCUCAAAAUCGUGAAAUGUGCUCAUAUAAACAAACAAAACAGUGAUUGAGUGAACGUUAUUGAUUUACGAGAAGCGAACCCGUUUAAUAAAACUAAAUGUGUUGAAUAACCAUCAAAUAAAAUAGAACAAACAGAUGGAUAGGAUGAGGAGGUUGUGCGAAAGAUUGAGGGACGUCGGCACGUAGACCUGAUGUCCGGUUACGAGGAGCCUCGGAAUCGGGGGGUCAUCGCUUCCUUUUACUACGGUCUCGGAUUGUUCUGCAGCUCCUAUCCGAUAUCGGUGAUCGUUUCCGUUGCCGUGAUCGUCAUCGUCACAUGUUUGCCACUAUUGAAUUUACCCAUCCACACGUCGCCGCAGCUGGUGUGGACGUCGCAGGACAACGCGACCGGAGUGGAGAACGGCCCCUUUUGUUACGUGCAACAGGUGGUGAUCCGGGCCGCCGUUCUACCAUGGGAACCGGACCUGACGCUCGGCGACGCCUUCCGGGCACCCCUCUACGAGGCAUUCAAGCUGCUGGACGCCGUGCGAAACUACGAAGACCCCAAAAGUUCAAAGACCUUGGGCCACCUGUGUCUGCACAUCGAAUCCACCAAGAACCGUUUGCACGACUACAGCAACAUUCUACCCCAGUACAGCUGUUUGGUCUUGUCGCCGGCCAAUUUGUGGCAUCAGGAUGUGCAGAAGUUCGCCAUGGAUAGCUCGUUGCUUACUACAAUCUUCAAUCAUCACAGCUUUCAAAAGGGCAAAACUUCUAUAUCGGAAAUGUUGUUUGGAAUGCACAUGAUCGAUACAGGAAUAAAACGAUAUCCGUUCAGAAAUAGGCAACGUGUAAUUCAAUACGCUGUCACGUUGUUCUUUAAAGAAUAUGAUCCUGAAUUCAUCAAUGGCCUAAGAGAAAAACUGAUAAAGCUAUAUCCGCUGCAUCAAAAUGAGACUGUAGCCCUGGAAAAGCCCAACAUCUUAAAUGACACUUUGUUCAUCCACUACCCGAGGGAAACUUGCCUUUUCGAACUGAUCCCCUUUUUAUUAGCCCUCGGGUUGUUGUUCGUGUACUACUACUUUUCCAUCCGCAAAAUCGAAAUGAUCAAAUCCAAGUUGGGCAUGGCGUUCACCGCCACAGUAACCGUGACCUGUUGCAUCCUAAUGACCGGGGGUAUUUGCUUCUUCUUCGGCCUAACUCCCGCCUUGCACGGGGGCAAGGCUUUGUUCGCCUACCUGGCCAUUCUGGUGGGUCUGGAGAACAAUUUGGUGUUGACCAAAAGCGUGGUCAGCACCCCCAAUCACCUGGACGUUAAAAUACGCAAAGCUCAGGGUUUGAGUAAAGAAGGUUGGGCCAUUACCAAAAACAUUUUGCUGGAAAUCACCGUAUUCACCUUCGGCUUGUUCACGUUCGUGCCCCCCAUACAAGAGUUUUGCAUUUUCGCCAUCGUGGGGUUGGUUACUGAUUUUUUCCUGCAGUUGUUUUUCUUCUCGACGGUUUUGGGUAUUGACGUGAGUAGGUCGGAGAAUUCGGUGGACAAGGCCAGUCAAAGUUUCCGCAACAACAUGUACCACAAUCAGGUGUUUCAGGACAAGAUGUUGUUCAAAGCUAAGGGCAUGAAUCGCUCCAAGUCCCACCCUAAGCUGUCCACCUUUCCGGCCAACAUCGUAGCCGGACAAGCCCAAAACGCACAGGAGAAAAAAAUCCCCAAGCGGUGGAAAGUUGUUAACGUCUGGGCCAGGACUCGGUUCUUUCAAAAGUCCAUCACCAUCCUAAUGGUGAUUUGGAUCUCAGUUAUCGCCUACAGUAGUGACGUCCUCAAUCAGUUAGUUAACACCUUGGUGAAUCUCCAGAACGAAGACAACAAUUCCAGCGUCCUCCCUACUUACUCAAGCAUCCAAAUGUACCCGCUAAAAAACACGAACAAUUCCUACAACCCCGUCAACUACGUAACAUACAACCCACUCGACAUCGACUACAAGCAGAACCAGACGCAGGACCUCAACAAGUUGAAGCACGCCGAGUACGCUCCCUGGCUGAAGCUGUCGCAUCGACAUUGGUCGUCGAUACUGAGGAAGUACAACAUGAGUUUGGGCGGGGAAGCCGUAGCAGUCUUGCCAAACAUCAAGUUGUCGCAUGUCAUCACCCCUGAGCAGGCUAAGCUAAUGAGGAACCACGAGGAGAAGUAUGGGGACACAUUUCAGUGGCAGGCUUUGGCAGCCGCACUAGAUCCCAUCGAUUUCAACGAUGUGGAAAACACAGGAAACAGAAUCCCUCAGCCGGAUCAACCGUUCUAUCCGACCUCACCGAUGGAAAUAGCCCUCACCCUGAUCCUGUGCGUUAUCAGCAUCCUGUUCCUGACCUAUUUGUUCGUGGUGUUGUACAGGUGUAUAUGUUCGAGGAAUUAUGCUGAGUGGCGAGCGUCUUGGUCGUCCUGGUACAACGAGAGGAAGGAGGAGAGUUCCGACGAACAGGUGUUGUUGGAGGCCGUGCCGGUGGUGUUGGAAGGCCACAAGCAGGACAUCGAGUGCAUCGCCACCGACGGCGUCAGUUUGGUCAGUGCGUGUCUGAACGGCCAGUUGAAGGUUUGGGACAACAACACGGGCGAGUUAAUUUCGCAUAUCGACAGGAAGCAGUACUUCUGCGGCGACAAGUACGACGACCAGUCGUUGGAGGAUGACCUUUCGGACUACGAGUCGGGUUCGCCUCCGUCACGGGACGACACGUUGCCGAGGAUCAAGCGCAGGAUUAACACCGACUUUUCCUUGGCCAAGCACAGCCCCAAUUCCAGUCUGGAUUCUAAGUCGGACUUCAUGCGUUCCUACAGACAUUUUUAUGUGGAGGACAAGGUGCGCAACCGCAAGAGUUUCGGUGAGGUUUCCAGGAAUUGGAACAGCGAAAACAGUGAAGGUAGCUUGAAGAACGAUAAGCUGACGCGAGAGUUGAGCGACAGCGGUUGUAACAUUGGGGGGAAGUUGUCGCCGGUUUGGUGCAUCGAUUACGUGGACAAUUUAGUUGUGAUAGGGUGCGCAGACGGAAGGUUGGAGUUCUGGGAGGGAACCACCGGGAAACUCAAGUGUGUGUUUGAGGAUGGAACCGAAUCAGGAAUCAGUCAUUUGAAGAUCGUCGGCUCAAAAAUAGUGGCGGCGAGAUUGUGCGGAAACCUGGAUUUGUUCCAGCUACAAACUUACAAUCAGGGUCGACCGAUCGACUGGAAUUUCACGUGUGCGUACAGGAGGACGCACGUGCGAACCGGAUCUAUGGGUUCCAUAACUGACAGGGAACUCAAAAAAGAGACUGAUUUGGACGAAGAUUUUCGUUGCCUGAAACUCAUCACAAUAAAAAGCCACCAGCAACCCAUCACCUGUUUGGAUUGCGAGGGUGGUAGGAUUUUGAGUGGCAGCCAGGACCAUAUGCUCAAAGUCCAUAAACUAGAAGACGGAAGUCCGCUUUACAGCCUUCACGGCCAUUACGGCCCUAUAACAUGUCUUUUUAUAGACAGGGUGAAUCCCACAAUGUCCGGCAGUGGAUCCCAAGACGGGAUGUUGUGCGUUUGGGACCUACAAACAGGCACUUGCAUGUACAACAUACAAGCCCACAACGGCGCAAUAACAUCGAUGACCUACUCGUCCAGCUACGUAAUUUCCUUGGGCACGGACGACAGACUGUGCGUCUGGGAACGUUUCCAGGGACACUUACUGAACACCAUCAACGUGCCGCACGCGUUCUCGAACCACGUGCUCAUGUUGGCGCCCCACCUGGUGGUCACCGGACGCAACGGUGGGCUGGUGAUUUGGGACGUGCGCAGUGGCGAGUGUGUGCGCACCAUCGCAUUGGGACGGUCGCCGUUCGUGUUCAUCAAUCAGUUGAUCAUGCUACGGGACGCGGUGGUUUGUGAUUACGGGACGCAGCUGAGGAUCGUGCGGUUCCCUCUGAUCACACACAAGUUCGAAUAGGUGAUGAGGAAAUGAGCUCUGUCGUUUUCAAUGCCAUUUGCAAUUAAUUAAAUACCGAGAGUCAGAUUAAUGCACCGAAUCAUGCUAACAAGUUCAAAAUAUAAUGUAUAUAAGUUUAAUAAGUUGCAUUGUAAAAAUAUUUUGAAUUAUUUGUACCUUGUAUGAGAUAAGAGUAUUUUAGAUUUAAAUGCACUUUAUUAUUUUUCUGUUUUAUCAGACAAAAACUAAUUGCACAUAAAAUCGUUUUUGUAUGCUAUUUACUGUUUUUAUUUUUUAAACACUCAAAGAGAGGCUUGCGUUGUUGAUGAUUUUUAUUAUUUUGUUCAAUAACAUGUAUAAUUAGUGUACACGGUUAAUAAUUUAUUUAAAAUGUUGUUUUUUGUACCUUUAUUUAGGCGAAAUUGUACAGAAUAUAUUUUUUAAUAUUUAUUUUCAAUAGAACAAGAUAAAUAGGGCUAUUUCCAAUGAUAAUUAUUUCAUUAUUUUGUUCGAUUACAUUUAUAAUUAGUGUACACAGUUAUUAAUUUAUUUAAAACAUUGUUUUUGUACCUUUAUUUUAAGCAAAAUUGUAUAGAUUGUAUUUUUAAAAUAUUUAUUGUCAAUAGAAUGAGAUACAUAGGACUAUUUCCUAAUUUGAAUAGUGCCUUUCUAAGAAAGAUUAUACAUUACGAAUUUUUCUAAAAUCGUUAUUUUAAAAAACUGACUAUUUAUUGUAUUAUUUAAUACCAAAACAAUGUUUAUUUUAUGUUCAGAUGACUUUGUUAAUGUUUAUAAAAUAUUUUUAUAAGAGCAAAUAAAACAUUUUAUUGUU